CGAGAAGUCAAGUCGGGCCGAGAAGAUGGGACUAGCCGGGAAACCUGGCCGGGUCGGGACGGGCCGGGACGAUGGGCCGAGAUGACGGACCGGGAAGACAGCGAGGAAACAGCGAGAAACUAUAAAGAUUAACAUAGUUGUGAGAAGAGUAUUGGAAACUGAAAUAACCACAUAGUAUAUUGUGGACGCCACUAUUUGACGCAGCCAAUUCAACAUCAGAAGUGCAGGUAAAGGUGGUUAGAAAAAAAUUCAAGACCCCACACAGAUUUAUGGACACUUGCAUAUUCAAUUUCAAUAUACGUCGGUAUGUGUUGUGAGCGCUGUAAACAGUUUACCAGUUACGGCCUGCAACACGACACGAUAUACACAAAGCAUCCGGCAACGUGACAAGUUUGAUACACACAAGACAUCCGAGUGUAACAUCACCGACAGGCCGAGUCCAUCCAAAUGCAUGGAGCGUCCUUCGGGGCAGGAUGUCACCGCAGGAACGUCUGCAUUAAUGAGCGCAUGUGCGAUCGCGAUCUCUCGCGUGCGCUGGUGCAUAUGCGCAAUCACGUAGCCGGACAGAGAAUGUAUUCUCGCGGUGUAAUUCGUGCCCACUGAUUGACAAAGGAAAUUACUUACU